UGAUUUAUGCUGUUAAUGUGUUGCUAAGCCAUGUUCUUAUUCAUUGUUUGUUGUGUCUUUGUGCAGAAGAAGUUCGAGGGCCGUGGGAGACUCCCAGCAGGGAUGGGUCCCGUACGUCCUCACUCCUUUAUUUUUUUCAUCAUAAUCAUCAUAAAUGGAUUGUUUUUUCAUUCAACAUCAGCUGUGAAGGUGCAAAAUUUAACCCUGUUCAAGCCCAAGCUGACGCUGCAGCUGAAUACCAGGAAUGUGAUACCCUGUUCAUUCUACACAGAGCGUUUGCUCAACCCUCUCAAGGUAGAGCUUGAGUGGGGCAAAAUCCCAGUGGGUAAGAGCGAGUACAAGCCUCUAAUCCGCCUGAGUGGAAACCAUGUGAAAAACCCCUCUCCUGAUUUAAUGGACCUCUAUGACCUUUUUGUGUCUGAGAUUCCAAGAGGGAACUGUUCUUUGGUCAUUCGCCACACAAAAACCGAAGACAGCGGCACAUACAUGGUCCGUCUAAAAGUCAAAGGAAAGCUAUACGAGCCUGUUCCAUCUAUCAAAAUUAGGCUCAUGAAUCUGCAAACAGAUGAGUCAUUGUCCCAUAAUAGUGAGAAAGGUGCCAGAUCCCUGAAAGAAAAGGGAAAAAAGAAAGAACCAACAGCAACCACCACUCACAUCACUACCACACUGCCAAGGACAACAGCAAUGACCAACGAAAGCGAUUUUAUCGGCUCAUACAUCUUUCCAAAACUUAAAGGACAUGAGAUGACAGCCCUUACAGUAGUGCUGGUUAUUGGAUCUGUCCUUGUUGCAUUCUCUGCAUUGGGAGUCGUUGCAUGGUAAGUCCUGGAGUGCGCUGAAAGGAAUAAUGAAAGCACAGAGGGACU